AUGGGUUCAUUUUUGAAAAGUGUGAAGAAUAGUUGGUCCUUAUUUUUUCGUUCAGGGAAGUCUCCAUCAAUAGACACAGAACCUUGUGAUUUGCGAUUUGCCCUUUGUUUUUUUUCUCCGCCGAGCGCCGACCAAAGCGGCAAAGUUGAAACUGAAAGCCCUGCGCCCAAAGCUUUUUUUCUCUCUGCCGAGUGCCGAUCAAAGGAGGAACCUUUCCAGAUCCAUCUUCUUGCGCCUUUUUCUCUCUGCCGAGUGCCGACAAAAGAGGAACCCUUUCUGAUCAAUCUUCUUACUUGCGCCAAAGUCCAAACGCCUUCAGCCUUCAUUCAGAAAAUGUUGAAAUAUUUUGCAAAGAGGCCUAGGAGUUCAAUUGAAUCGUCUAGUGUUCCGGAUGAAGAAUCUACUCCUGCACCACAACUACCACCACCUCCUCCUUCUCCGCAAAUUUUAUUUGAAAAUAUUGAAAAUCUGAGUAGUGAAGUAGAAAUUGUUGCUGAUCGUGGUUUACGAAAAUUGAUUGAAGAGUAUGAUGUUGGUGCUAGAGAUCGAUUGCCUUUUCAGGGGCAUGAUGAGUCUUCGACAUCAUCCAAUAGAGGAAAUUUUUUAGAAUUGCUCAAAUAUUAUAGCUCAGAGUGUCCAGAAGUUGCGGCAGUUGUUGGAAUGAAUGCACCUGGAAAUAAUCAAAUGAUUGCCCCAAAAAUUCAGAAGCAAUUGGUGAAUGCUUGUGCAGUUAAGACCACAAAUGCUAUUCUAGCUGAUCUUGGAGAUAGGUGGUUCACUUUACUACUUGAUGAGGCUCGUGACUGUUCAGUGAAAGAGCAAAUGACAGUUGUUAUUAGAUAUGUGAACAAAUAUGGAGAGGUGAUUGAACGAUUUAUGACUGUAGUUCAUGUUGCAACAACUACAGCUGCUUGUUUGAAGGAGGCAAUCGACUCUUUAUUUGCUAAGUAUGGUUUGUCAGUGGCGAGAUUGAGGGGUCAAGGAUAUGAUGAGGUUCUUCAAAAUUUGAUUGAUGAUGGUGAUCGUUCUUCUAAGGGUUUAAGUAGAACUUUGGUUGAAAGAAUGGAGAGGUAUGAAUUUGUGUUUAUUCUACUAUUGAUGAAACGUAUAUUGGCAAUCACAAAUCAUUUGUCAACCGUUCUACAAGAGAAAGAUCAAAAUAUUGUGAAUGCGAUGCGUUUGAUCAAUAAUGUGAAAUGCAAAUUGCAAAAGUUGAGAGAUUCUGGAUGGGAUAUUUUACUUGAGGAUGUGAAGAAGUUUUGUAACACUCAUUCCAUUGAAAUAAUUAAUAUGACAGAUAACAUCAACAGCCGUAGUCGUUUGAAGAGAGAUGGAAAAAAUGUUAUCGAUAUUAUUCUACAGGAGAUGGAUAGCCGUUUCUCUGAAACAACUACAGAUUUGUUGAUUAAUAUGUCAUGCCUUGAUCCUAUGAACUCGUUCUCUAGAUUUGAUGCACAGAAGUUAGUGCGUCUGACUCAUUUUUAUGAGGAUGAUUUUUCUUGGAAUGAGCGUAUGUUGGUUGAACAAGAGCUUGAAACAUAUAUUGAUGACGUCAGAUCAGAUGAACGGUUUGAAGGCAUUUCAGAUUUGAGAGCUCUUGCAAAGAAAAUGAUUGAAACAAUGAAGAACCGUGUGUUUCCUUUGGUUUAUCGGAUGAUUGAGCUAGCCUUACUUCUUCCAGUUGCUACUGCAACCGUUGAAAGAGUGUUUUCGGCAAUGAAUAUUGUCAAAACAGAUUUGCGAAACAGGAUUGGAGAUGAAUGGAUGAAUGAUAGUUUAGUAGUCUAUAUCGAGAAAGAUGUUUUUAAUACUGUCGACAAUGAGCUAAUUUUACAGCGUUUUCAGAACAUGGAAUCUCGAAGAAUGCAAUUGUCACGUAUUCGUUAG